AUGCUGGUCAAUACUCUGUUUCAGAAGGUCGAUGUAUUCACUAAAGCUGUUGCAGGACCACUUUGGGAGAGUGCCAUGAAGCUACUUAGCAUCCUCAGAACAUACGACAUCCUUCACACUUCAUUGACGGGUCUCAAGAUGAGCCUAGAUCAGGCACUAGCGCCCGAUGUUGAGGAGGACUGUCAAGUGCAGCCUUCUAAGGCGCCCGCACAGGUGAAGAAAACAAAACCAAGGAACCGUCGACCAAAGCGGAUUCCACAAUACCAAGAAGCCGUCAAGAACGACGGCACCUGCAAUGUGCCUUCCAAACGAGCUGUCUUUUAUGUCUCUGAGUACUGA